AUGGAUGGAUCAGCCCUCAACAGCUGUUCAGAACUUCCUCCUCGAUAUCCCUCGGGUGUUUAUCAAGGUGUUACGACAGAAGAUAAAAUGUACUCCUUCUUUUGUUACUUUGAUUUGAACGGGGGGAAAUGGAUGGUGAUUCAGAGAAGACUCAGCAGAGUUGUCGAUUUCCAUCGCAGCUGGAAUGAGUAUAAGAAAGGCUUCGGAGAGCUCGAUGGGAAUUUCUGGAUUGGCAAUGAUUUCCUUCACCUCGUUACAAACCCUCCGAGGAUUCUACGUAUAGAAGUUGAGUUCGUUGACGGGACUAAAGGAUAUGCGCAAUACGCAAACUUCCAGGUGGCCAAUGAAGAUCAGAAGUACAAACUUGCUCUGAACGGUUUUACUGGCAAUUUAUCUGAUAGUGUGAGUCACGUUGACGGCGCCUACUUCUCCACACGCGAUGUUGACAGCGACGAGAACCCUCAUGGAAGCUGUUCCGAUGAUUAUGGCGGUUGGACCUUCUGGAAGUUACUGGUGGCUACGUAUCUGAGUAGCACACGAUAUGCCAUGAAAUAUUUCCAGAUCGGAUUUUCCAUCGAGAAGUUGGAAAAAGGGAAUUCCCCUAAAAGGUAG